GGUAAACAUUGUAUGUGUGUGUGUGGUCCCAGAGGCCGUCGCGGGGGUAAUGACGUCAUGUCAGAGCGCCCUGUUCCCAGCGUGUUUGCUACAGACCAGCUUCCUUGAGGACUGAUAGUGCCCUGGCUCCAAGUUUGGUUGGUGUUGUGUUAAGGGGGUCAAGCAGUUCACUUGAUUUGGGUCUCUCCUUAAUCUUCCUAUAUGGAUGGUGAAUGCAACCAAAAUUGGCCAAGUAUCUUCAUGGUUCUGGGCCCCUGGAAGCUAUUAUUAUUAUUUUAUUAUUAUUAUUCGCUUUUAUAUAUCUUGCCAACAUAUUCUGCAGUGCUUUACGAUUACAGAAAGGGGAUACUUAGAGGUGAAGAUGGCCUUUAAAAUUUAGGCGGCCGUCGUUAUUUUAUUAUUUAUAAAGGGCCAGCAAAUUCCUUGGCGCUGUGCAAUGGGUGUCGUUGGUCCUCUUGUGGUUAGACCUGCUAUGGUGCUGGUUGUAAAUCUAGUGCGGUGCAGAGGGUACGGUUUGAGGGUUUUGUUUGUCAAUCUGGGGCUGGUGGUUGUGUCCUUGUAAGCAAUUUUACUUUUAAAUUUUUGUUGCGAAAUCCUUUAAAUCUUUAGGUCUGUGCAGGACAUGGAGGGUCGAAGUAAGUCGCGAUACGCUUUCCAAGGCUCAUCUGGCAAUGGUUUCAACAGCCCGAAACAAAAAAGACGGUCAAAUGCAACAAGAAGGUCUGCAAGUGACCCAGCCGUAAGCGUGCAGAGGUUUGAACAUGAAGAGGCAUCAGAGAGCGAGGAAACUCCUGCUGAGAAAGGUACCAGUGGACACUUGUGGUACAAAUUUAAUUUUCAAUACUGUAGGAAAUAUUGAUAUAUUUUUUUUUAGAUAUAUUUUUUAUGUGGAAGUGUAAUGCGUUACUGUUUUACAUCGCCUCCUGUCUCACUGGUAAGCCCACAACUGACGGAGCUAUUAUUCCAUUCAUGAAACAUAGCACACCAACAAUCGUCUACUAAUGCCAUCUAUAUUGCAAAAUCUACACUCAAAAUAUAUGGGAAACCAAGACAUUUUGGAAUUAAGUUACUAAUUAUUUAAGUUGGAAAAAAAAUAUAUAACUCUGAAGUGGAUCUCCGAUGAGCCCAGUGCAGUAGCACCAACUAUUCCUUCUUCCUAACUGAUAGUGGGUGCAGUGCUCAAGGACUCCUCCUGCUACCCAAUGUAAGCAUGCAAACAUUUUUUUUUAAAGUUUUUUUAUUUUUUUUAUUUUAUAAAAGAUCCACUCAGAGCCACUACACUUGUUAAUGGCAAAGAGCCAACAUUUCCUAGGCAGGCAACAUUUCCUAUUAGCUCUCAUUAGCUGAGCCUUGCAGUACACUUGCUGUGAAUUUUGGGGAUAAAGCACUGGUGUCCUCAAAAGGGGUGUGUCUGCAAAUAAAAAAAAAGCAAACACUUUUAAUAAAAUACUGCAUACAAAGCAAAAUAAACAAGACAUUUUUUGUAAAGUAUGUAAUAAACAUUUUAUAUAGUUGGUCAGAUUGCAAUUUUGGGUAUGCCUCUCAGCUAGGGGAGUUUCUUUGGACCUCCACCCUUCCCUCCCCCCCCCCUUUACCAAACCAUCUCAGUUUCAGAAAAGUCAGCUAAUAACAAAAUCAGGACGUUAUUAUUAUGCAGCAGGAGAGAGAGAGACUAAACAAAGGAGCCUGCUCUGCAUGGUCGCACUGAUCAUACCCUCUUGCUCCGUGUUAGGAUGUUCCAAGGCGAAGAGAUUUUCCAACUGUAGAUGUGUGACUCUGUCAGGCAUGCCCAAUGAGCCUUUCCAGCAUUCCUAGGGAUUGGACACUGGUUAGAUUAGUAUCUCCCCUGGAGGGGGUGUGGAAAGAAGGAAGAAGCAGGUAAAUAGGAAGGGGAAAAAAAUCAAUUGCCUGCAUUCUUUUUAACGAGACCGUUGUCUCAGUGAUGCAGUCCGUCUAAGGGAUUUAUUGAAACUGGGCAAAUAAGUAGUUGAAGGUCAAAGGCAUAUGGAAUCAUGAGUAAUUGCUAAUGAGGUAAGUAAAUAUACUGUUACAGGGGACUGGCCAGUGCUGUAGAAUGUAGUGUGAGUUUAUAGGGAAGAAUGUCUGAUGAUUUUCUUCAUUAACAGAAGUAAGUGGCUAGUGUACGGUGCCACUUUGAGUGACUUUCGGUUGAUCUGAUUUAAAUCCAGAUGGAAGAGAGGAAAAUGUUGUAAAAGGAAGUUCCUUUAGUAAGACAGGAGAAAGAUCAGCUAUUUUGACGUAAAAUAAAAUUAGAGAGGAGAGCAUGUCUGGUGGUUUAGGUUUAAUAAACUGGCUGAGAAGGCACAUUGAAGGAGAUGAUGAUCACACAGCAGGAUAGGGAUGAAGGGAGAUUCGAGGCAGAUCAUAUGGUAAAGAUUAAUACAUGUGUAUUACUUGUGUAUAUAAGGAGCCUUAAUCUACCGAGUAAGUUCAAAGGAGGAAGUAAUUGAGAGAAAGCAAGGGGUUGGGAACUGUACCAGUGAAUUGUAUUGCUCUAUACGUCUUCCUAUUUCUACCCCUAGAGCUUUCAACCAUGUCCUUUGAAGAGCUGAUCCAGCUGCAGAACACAGUUGGCAAGAAACAAUUCCAGCGAAAGGUGAAAGAACUUGGAGGGGACAGACCUGGGAAAACAAAAGAGAUGCAGUCUGACAAACAGGAGUAAGUUGUCAGAUCACGUCUUACAGAUAUUCAUAUGUCUGUAAUGUAUGGAUAGGCUAGCUUUUUGCUGAAUUUUAAAUAAGCUUGUAACAAUAGGCUAUUGUUAAACCCUGACAUAAUGUGUAUAUAGCAAUAGGCUAGGAGGCUAUGUUUCAGCCAUCCAUAUAAUCUGUAUAUAACAAUAGGUUAGUGUUCCAACCUUAUAAAAUCUGUAUAUAAUACGGCUCUCUCUCACAUUCAGAUCUCGAUAGUACUGUUAUGUUUCUGUGUUUUUGUCAAUAGCUAUAUAAUUAUAGACAAAGGUUUCCUUUCUCUCAGGCCUCUAGAGAUGUCAUCUAAGAGACCCGUUCCAUACCUGCGGAAGGUGACACAUGCUAAGAAGGAGGUGAGAUGGAGAUGGUGUUAAUUAUUUUAAUCUUUCUAUUCAUGUAGAUCAAAUCAUUAAACCUUGAGCCUUUCACCUGGCAGGGCAGUUUGAAAUCCUAGCUAUGGACUCCUUUGAUGUAUAAGUUUUAAGCACAGAAUAAAAUAUUUUUAAAUGUAAAACUAAAAUCUAUAACAUCCUUGAGCUUGGCUCUAUUUUAUUAAACCGCUAUGGAGCUUAUAUGGGCUUUUGCAUAUAUCUGUAUAACGUACUGAGACUACUGUGACUUUUAGAGAAGUAACUGUAAUUCUCAUUCUAGUCAGACUUUAUUUCAUUCCAUAUCUUAAUCGCACAAUAUUGUAAGAGGAGUCUUGUUACCAGGGAGCAAAAUGCUACCGGCUUUGAACAAUUAAUGCGUUCCUUUGGCAUUUGAUAACUUCUGUUGAGGAGAGCAUUCUCUACAGUUAAAGGCCUCACAGUGAGGCGAAAGGCAAUAAAACAAAAAUAAAAACCUGUAUUCUCAGAAGGUAUGUUCUGCUCAGCUUCUCCAUUUUGUCAUAGAUCACUUCUGUGUGUGCACGUUCAUUCCAGAGAAUUAAUAUGCGCCCACGUCUACAUCUAAUGGGUCAGUGUCCUAUUUAUUAGGAAAUUAUUGAUAAGCAGUGAGCAGCAGCUUUAGACAUGAUUGGGCACCAGCUUGAAAAUGUUGGCGUUUAAACAUUCGUUAACAGUUUACCUUAAGGUCAAGUGGUGCCUGGGACCUACUCGCACUAUAAUAACUUAAUUGUUGUGAUGAAGUUGUUAUGGUACCUGGAGUGGUCUUUUAAAAGCAUUUUCUCCUCUCACCACCAGUGGCAUUCAAGUCUAAACAGUGGAUUAAGUGAUGGCCUCUCAAAUGUUGUUCUCCACUCCCUGUUAUUGUGCUACUCUCCUAGAAAACAUUUCUCUCCUUGCUGGUGGGUAUAAGACACUCUGACACCAAUGUGCUGGCAGUGAAGCCGCCAUGUUGGUGUCAUCAAUGAGGACUGCUCUGCUUGGAGAAACUUGCAGCAAAAGAGGAUGGGAAUUACAAAAGUGUAACAAACCUAGCCUCCAGGAAUAGUGGUGAUGUAGCGAGGAACAGCAAGUACUAAUAUUAUAGCUCCCAAAUCAUAGAAAUAUAUCAUUCCACUAUGAGCAAUCAUUUAUUUGCUGCCUUCAAAACUGGUAUAUGUUAAAGGACCACUAUAGUGCCAGGAAAACAUACUCGUUUUCCGGGCACUAUAGUGCCCUGAGGGUGCCCCCACCCUCAGGGACCCCCUCCCGCCCGGCUCUGGAAAGGGGUUUAAACUUACCUUUUUCCAGCGCUGGGCGGAGAGCUCUCUGCCUCCUCUCCUCCUCCGUUACGCCCCGCCGGCUGAAUGCGCACGCGCGGCAAGAGCUGCACGCGCAUUCAGCCGGUCUCAUAGGAAAGCAUUUACAAUGCUUUCCAGGACGCUGGCGUGCUCUCACUGUGAAAAUCACAGUGAGAAGCACGCAAGCGCCUCUAGUGGCUGUCAAUGAGACAGCCACUAGAGGAUUAGGGGGAAGGCUUAACCCAUUCAUAAACAUAGCAGUUUCUCUGAAACUGCUAUGUUUAUUAAAAAAUGGGUUAACCCUAGAAGGACCAGGCACCCAGACCACUUCAUUAGGCUGAAGUGGUCUGGGUGCCUAGAGUGGUCCUUUAAAGUGAUUCUGUCAUGGGAAAUUAAGUAUGUCCCUGGCUGGACACCAUUUCUUCUCCUGCAAGACUUGCUGGCUCUUUGGCACUGAAGUUUUCUUUUUCCUCCGUCCUUGAAGCAUCCUUAUCUCCACUCUCUUUUCUUACAGCUUUUACUACGAUUUUCUUUUCUUGUCAGUACUUGGGACUGGUUACUGUCAGUUUCUUGAUAUGACAAUACUGUAGAAGAUGCGAUUAAAUGGUUAGAUGUCUUCCCCUCCUCCUUUAGUAUGAUUUUCAGUAACCAUUUUUAAAUGUUCUUAGUUGCGAAGGGACCCUCGAUUUGAUGACCUCUCAGGCGACUACAAACCAGAAGUGUUUGAGAAGACCUAUAGCUUCCUGGAUGAUAUAAAGAAGUGUGAAAAAGAGGUAGGUAUUUAUCCACAAUGCUUUGUGACCUCAGCAUAGUAUUCAAAAUGUUAAAGGUUCUUUUGGGUUUAAAUGUUCUGGAGUAUUUAGUUGAUCAGUGUUGAGUUCAGUGGCCCGUGGUCAGGAAAGUAUUCAUAAGGUAUAACAUAUCUCUUUAACUAAAUUCCUAUGAUAAGUUUGCAGACUAAUAGAUGUGUUAUUAAGAGUUUAAUCUGAAAUCAUAGAAUGGUGCACAUUUAUUGGCUUUUCUUGGAUCUAGGGAAUAAGACAAAAAAAACCCCCAUAACUUAUAGGGUUACUUUAAAGGGACACUAUAGUCAUCAACCAACUUUAGCUUAAUGAAGCAGUUUUGGUGUACAAAUCAUGUCCCUGCAGUCUCACUGCUCAAUUCAAUGGUCUUAAAUGCACGGUCUUCCUAAACACUUCAUGUAAAGCGUCAUCUAAAGUUUAUCCUUCCUUUAUUGCAAGUUCUUUUUAAUUUAGAUUUUCUUAUCCCCUGCUAUGUUAAUAGCUUGCUAGACUUUGCAAGAGUCGUAUGUGAUUAAGAUAAAAUUGUUUAAGGUAAAUUACAUCUGAUUUUAUUUCAUGCAGGCUGUGUAAAUCAGAGCCAGGGGAGGUGUGAAAAGGGCUGCAUUAACAGAAACAAAGUGAUUUAACUCCUAAAUGGCAGUGAAUUGAGCAGUAAAACCUGAGAAGCAUGAUCUAUACACUAAAACUGCUUCAAGCUAAAGUUGUUAAGGUGACUAUAGUGUUCUUUUAAACCUUUGGAGGCGGGGGGACCUUUCUGUAAUUUGAUCUAUUGAGCUCUAUGUGGAAGGUCCCCCCUCUCUGUUUGGAUCAAAACCUAUAAAAAAAAAAUUAAAAUUCACAUGCUUCAAUUGGACCAAUUGCAGGCUCAGAGUGCAUGCAUGAGCUCCAGGUCAACAAAGGGAGGGAGAGAAUGGGGAAUAUGAUUUUUGUUUUCAUUCAUAUUUUAUGUAAACAAACCAAUGUGCAAUUAAGGGAGAUGGGAAGGAGCACACCCUGGGAGGAAGAGGAAAGUGCAAGGGGAAGAUUUUUACGUCUCUUGCCAGCAUGCAGUGUGCAUUGGGGGGGGAGGGGAGUGCAACUAGCCACCAGCAUUGAAGUGCAUAUAUUUCAGUAUGAGCAGUGUUUCAUGGUGGUUGGAGUAACCCUUUAAGAUCGUUUAAACGUCUGAUUUUCAGAAUCCAAAUCCCUUUUUUCUUGUAUUAACUCACCCCUUUCAGGGUGACCUGAAAUUCGAUCAAGAGCCACCCAGGCUAAUGAUAAACCACAUAAGGCAACGUUUAAAAAAAAAAAAAAAAAAAAGGGUCUUGGCUUAUCCUGUGUUGCUGUGCAUUGUGCCUUUUCUAUAUAAAAUACAAUUACUGCCCUUAACUCCCCACCCUUCACAUGCUCCCUGAUAGAAUAAUUUUCCACCAAAGAGAAGGAGUAAUUUGUGGCCACUAUCCUAGCGCUGAUUAUAUGCUUUACACAUGUUCAAUUAUCCUAGCGCUGCUGAUAUGCUUCAUGCAUCCUCCAUUAACCUACGGCUGAUAAUAUGCUUCACGCAUCCAUUAACCUAGCGCUGACGUGCCACCGAGUGGGGAUAAUGUGCUCCGUGCAUGCACAUCAUACAUCCAGGGCCAGAUUAAGAGCCCAGUGGGCCUGGUGCUAACAAUUAUGACGGGCCUAAUUACAGAAUCAUAUCGACCAAAAACAGUAAAACACUCCCAAGCAUCAUGUAUCUGAUGGAAAUGGUGCUGGAGAGAAAGAAAACAGCAGCUGUAAGAAAACACAUACCCUAGGCUAAUCUCUCUCUAAUUUAUGUUUUCAUCUUUCAAGUAAAUCUAUAACCCCUAACAGCAGUGUCCAGUCAAGCAGGAAGUCAAUGGGCAUGGUAAACGGGUGUGCCACUGACACAAAUCACGUAACCUGCCAAAAGGGGCGAACAUGCCCAAAAAGAGGACAUGUCUGCUCAAAGAAUUAGAAGGCCAGCCUGGCAUGAAUGCAUGUCAGGCUGCCUGCCAAUCAUGCAGCUAGCCAACUAAGGGCAUACUAUGCAGACAGCACCCUGAGCUUGGCAUAAAUGCAUCUAAUGAUGCGCUCACUCAACGCUUUCUAAGGACCUUCUUACUAGCAGGCAGAAGCUCCUGGUAUAUGGUCUGGGACAGAGAAAAGCUGUAUGUAGUGAGUGUAGAAGAAAGGGAACAUGCCACAGUGUUAGAGAGAUAAAAAGUCAGCAUUACCUUAAAGGAUCACUAUAGGGUCAGGAACACAAACAUUAAUUCAUGACCCUAUAGUGUUAACACCACCCCCUGGGCCCCUCAUGCUUCCAUAAAUAUAGCAAUAUCCUACUAUAUUCAAGCCUGAAGCUGUAACUCUGCAUGCUGUUAGACUCAUAAAAACAAGCAGUCUGCUGACAUCAUUAGAAGUGGUGGCCUGAUCCAAUCACAGUGCUUCCCCAUAGGAUUGGCUGAGACUGACAAAGAGGCAGAUCAGGGUCAGAGCCAGCAUGAUUCAAGCACAGCCCUGGCCAAUCAGCAUCUCCUUAUAUAGAUGAAUUUAAUCAAUGAAUCUCUAUGAGGAAAGUUCAGUGUCUGCAUGCAGAGGGAGGAGACACUGAAUGUUUGGAUGCAUUUUAGGCAGCCAUGACCCAGGAAGAAUCUCUAACAGCCAUCUGAGGAGUGGCCAGUGAAGUUAUCCCUAGGCUGUAAUGUAAACACUGCAUUUUCUCUGAAAAGACCGUGUUUACAGCAAAAAUCCUGAAGGUAAUGAUUCUACUCACCAGAACAAAUACAAUAAACUGUAGUUGUUCUGGUGACUAUAGUGUCCCUUUAACUAUAUUCAUUGUCAGCCAGUCCACACACGUUUUGUUCCCAUACAUCCCUCUUAAGUUUCCAUACUUAAGUAAGAGUAUGUGAAAAGUAGUUAGGGUUGCCACCUUUCUUGGAAAAACAUACCGUCCUUGCUAAUUUGCAUAAUUAAAUAUGUAUGGGUGACAUGACAUGAUGUAAAUCACAAGGAGUGACAUUAUAGAAAAUGCUGUAAAAUCACCAAAAAAAACUACUUAGUUUAAAUCUGCUGUAUAGAUGGAUUCCUCCCAGUGCCCCCAUGUCUCCCAGUGACCUCAUGACUGAGUGCCCUCAUGUGUCGAUUACUCCAGGUCUCAGUGCCCCAUGUCUCCCAGUGUCCCCUAGUGUAGUGUCCCCAGGUCUCCCAGUGAUCCUAUGUAUCAGUGUCUCAAUGCCCCAUGUCUCCCUGUGUCCCCAUGUAUCCCAGAGUCCCCAUGUCACUAGGAAGACGGGGAGACCUAGUGACACGGAGACACCAGUGACACUGGGAGACAUGGGGACUCUGGCUGGGACACAUGGGGACAAUGCGAAAAUAGGGGACCCUUGAAGACAUGGGGACACAGACACCAGGGACAAAGAUACUAGAGACAUUGGCUGGGGGACAUUGAGACAUGGGGGCACUGGGAGACAUGGGGACACAGACACCAGGGCCACAGACACUAGGGACACUAGCUUGGGAACAUUGUGACACUUGAGGCACUGAGAGACAUGGAGGCACUAGGAGACAUGGGGACAGUGAGACACUGGCAGACUGGGGGCACUGGGAGACUAGGGGUCACUGGAAGACUAGGGGGCACUGAGACACCAGGGACACUGUGUCCCCAUGUGUCUGUGCCAUAAUGUCUCCCAAUGUCCCUUAGUGUCUCAGUGUCUGCAAUAAUGUCUCCCAAUGUCCCUUGCAGCCUUUCCCCCAUCCCUUACUUCCCUGAGCUGUAGGCUGUCUCUGCAGGGUUGGAGUUGCUGUCUGGACUCUCUGUAGCUGCACCCCUGCAGAUCAGUGAGUAUAGAUAGGCAGAAAGGGAUUUGCUGGAACUUCCUAUCCCUGCCUGUCUCCACAUGCAGCGACCCCUACUGGCCAGUGCUGGUAUUGCAGAGUAAUCUCCAUUUUUACUGAGAAAAAUACCAGCAUUUAUAUUGCCAGUAUCACUGCAAUAUUGGCACCAGCCAGGCAGCCUCAAAUACUGGCUGUGUCAAUAAAAAGAGUAGUAUGUGAAAAAAAAAAAAUGUUAAAAAAAAAAAUAUAUAUAUUAUUUUUUUUUUUAAAUCAAUGGGCCUAUUCCAUGGGCCUGGAGCUGCAGCUCCACCAGCCCCUAUGUUAAUCCGGCCCUGCAUACAUCCUCUUUUUGACUCAAUACUGUGUUUUUUGUUUUUUUCAUUUAACUUAGGUGAAAUGAUAUUGGGAUUUCCCAGAGUUUCCAAGAUUUUCAGUAUCUGUAAAUUUACAAUGAAGGAAUGAUGGGACUUGUAGAAUAUAAUAUUUUUUUCUUUCAGAUUGUUCAAAAGAAGCUGAGAAAGGUUCGGAAUACAGAAGUUAAGGAAAAGCUAGAGCAACUCUUACUAAGAAUGGUAAGAAGGGUUCUUCAGAGGUGAGAGAUGGAAUUUGUGUCAAGCGUGUACUCAGCCAUCAUACUAUAUCUUCUCAGGAUCAACAAGAGAGAGCCAAUCAGAAACAACAAAAGCUAAGGGAGAGAGAGCUAGAGUUUAAGAGACAACAGAGAGAGAAGGCUCAACAAGGGAAGAAGCCUUUCUACUUAAAGAAAGGUGAGUGCUGCAAAGCAUUUGUUCUGUGUGAAUAGAUGAUGGGGAAAUUGGAAUGGAAGCAAUUAAUUUAAAGGAACUAUUUGCUCUGCAGUGGUUAUGGUGCAAUGAGCGCGCUGGCGCCACCCCAAGUGGUCAAACCGUUUUUAGAAUGGUUUGACUUCUUAACUGGAGUUCCCGGCUUUCUCUACAGCUCAGUGAGAGUUGGAAGCGCUUACUUGGGAACUUUAGUAAUGUUCCUGAGCUAAAAGGUCUGUGAAAAACACUUCUGUUGGCUGGAGUGGAGGAGAGGAGUGACAAAGUAGACCCAAGUAUUAAGUCCAACUGUUUUAAAAUUACUUGGUUGACUCCUUAGAAUGGGGAGUGCCAGAGCACUGCUUGGAGUGUUCCUUUAACACCUAAUAUUGCUCAAUAAUAAAGGAAAUAUGAUAAUGGUACCGCAGGUAAAACUUUUGUUUUUUUGUCUUUAUCAUUAGGUGACCUUCACAAACUGGAACUUGCUGACAAAUAUCAAGAACUGAAGAAACAAGGGAAGCUGGAAAAUUUUCUCAGUAAGAAGAGAAAGCGAAAUUCAAAGAAAGACCAUAAACGGCUUCCUAACCUAUAAAUGAACUUUACUUUAACUUGAUAUGACACAAAGGACAACUGCAAUCAAAUUCUCACUUCUUGGUUUUUCUUUCCGAUAGUUUACAGUUAUUGUAACUUGCAGCAGGCAAGUUAGGCUGAGGAGUAGUUGGUCAUCCAGAUAAAUAAAAAUCAAUAUACACCAUAAUGUUUGAUGAAAUGUAAUGAACUUUUUAAAAAGUGAACAAUUGAUGAGAAAUAUUCUUUUAUGAGAAUAAUCUAUUCUGAUGUAUAAGAUGCUCUACUUGGCUUAUCCCAUUUACACCAUUUCUCCUACAUCACAUUAUAACUGCAGAGUUGUCCAGACAGACAGGAAUCAUUUCAGCUCUUGCCUUAAUUCAUUCUUUUUACAGUAUUGGAAAGGACUUUCUAAAUAUUUUUUAAGGACAAUUUGAUUAUUGGAUGCAUAUUGACAGAUUGAAUGUCAAGCAAACCCAAUAAAACACAGAAUUUAACCUAUCUGCACGGGAAAUACAAUUUUGCAAAUCAAGAAUUAUUUGGUAAUAAGAGUAAAACAGAAAGUUUAUAAGGCAGCCCAAUCUUUUAACAUGCUUAUCGGCUUAAUAACAUGAAUAAUCAUCUGAAAGUGAAUAUUUCAAACUGUCCAGUUGCCAGGAAUCCUUGGUAGAGCAGCCUAUAUUUUAUUUUUUUUAUAUAAAAAGUGGGAAAUGUAUGAAUUGUAUACAUUAUCUUUCUUCUCCUGGUGUUGUCUGACAAACGGAGACAAAACUCAUCACAGGGGGGCGGGGGGGAAUAAUUGGGAGGUGGAGCUAAGGUUCGGAGCCACACAGAAGUACCCUGGGAAAAAGCCAGCAUUUGUCACUGUCAUUCAUGUGUGUGUGGGAUUACUAAUUUGGUAUGUCCACCCCUGUAUAAAUGUAAGCAGAUUUUAAUCUGUAUAUUAAUAAAAUUUGUUGUGAUACUGUGCCAUUGAGGGUUUUCUGGUUUUGUAUCAUCCAUAUUUUUAUGCUCAAGAAUAUCUUAUUACCAUAUUGUGGGUAUCAAGCUGUGGGGUCCAUUCUCUCUCAAAAGGAGCUUCUCUCCCCAGAGCCAGGGUUGAUAGGGCUCUGGUAAGUGUAAUCACUAUACAUGUGUAUUUAAAUUAUUUUUUGGUUGAAUCAGAUGGUCUGCACUCAAUAUUUUUGUUAUUUUCGCUGAUUGUUUUCAGAAACAUUAUUAAGUAUCAUCGUAAGUGCAACACUUUUUUCUGGUUUGUUUGAAUUAUAUAUUACUUUUUGGAUGAAUGCUGCUUGGUUGUUAACAUGCAUAAUAUCAGUUGUGUAUACACUUGUUUUUCAUCUUAAACACUGUCCACAUUUUCGG